UCGGCCGUAAGGGAUCCACAAAGCAGAACGUGGGCUCCUCUACACCGUGACUAAUGCGUUCAGAUCUGAGAGUGAAGCGUCGUUCCCACCUCCUCCCUGCCACAGGCUCAGGGAAUCACUGACCCCAGCCCCACCCUGCUUCGUCCUGCACAUCUAGAAGAAUCUUGACGGCUUAAUACUCCUGACUGUCAACGACACAGAGAAAUGUAAAAAAGAAAACGGAAUGGACCAUCUUCUCUUUGCCCACAGGUAAGAUGUUCCAAGUCCCUUGUAGCUCUCUUCGGAAGAAAAUCAGGAGAGUUCUCUUCUCUUGCCGUAAGAACAGCCCUGUUUGACUUGCACGUUGGUGCUGUGACACUGGAAGAAUUGCACACAGGCUCUUGGAGUUUCUUGUUUUCACUUGAGUGGUUAGUUCUCUGUAGAUGGAGAACAAUUUCAUUCUUAACUGCCCUGUUUUCAAGGUAUUCUCUAUAGUCUGAGCUGCUUUAUAAACUGGGCCACUUCCCAAUGAGCUACCCAGCCAGUCCUUGCCAGGAGCUGGCUGAGAACUGUGCAGUGCGUGCAGCAGGAAUGGCACAGGAAGACAGCCGUCGCGGUCAGGCGCCACCUGCCUUCUACCAUGGUGCCAGCCAGGAGCUCGACCUGUCCACCAAAGUGUACAAAAGGGAGUCUGGAAGCCCUUAUUCUGUGCUAGUGGACACCAAGAUGAGCAAACCACAUCUCCACGAGACCGAGGAGCAGCCAUAUUUCAGGGAGACAAGGGCAGUGUCUGAUGUGCACACUGUCAAGGAAGACCGGGAGAAUUCCGAUGACACGGAAGAGGAGGAAGAAGUCUCUUACAAAAGGGAGCAGAUCAUAGUGGAGGUAAACCUUAAUAAUCAAACUUUAAAUGUAUCUAAAGGGGAAAAGGGUGUCUCUUCUCAGUCCAAAGAGACUCCUGUUCUUAAGACAAGCAGCGAGGAAGGAGAGGAAGAGAGUGAGGAGGAGGCCACAGAUGACAGCAAUAACUACGGAGAGAACGAACGGCAAAAGAAAAAGGAGAAGCGAGUGGAGAAAGUCAGGGUUACACAAAGGCGAACCCGAAGAGCUGCCUCUGUUGCUGCAGCUGCCACUUCCCCUGCACCUCGCACAACUCGAGGCCGUAGGAAGAGUGCAGAGCUACCCAAGCGGAAGAAGCGGGCCGCCAAGGAGCCCAAAGCUCCUGUCCAGAAAGCUAAGUGUGAAGAGAGAGAGACUCUGACCUGUGAGAAGUGCCCCAGGGUCUUUAAUACUCGCUGGUACCUGGAGAAGCACAUGAACGUUACUCACAGGCGCAUGCAGAUCUGUGAUAAAUGUGGCAAGAAGUUUGUCCUGGAAAGUGAGCUGUCCCUUCACCAGCAAACAGACUGUGAAAAAAACAUUCAGUGUGUUUCCUGUAACAAGUCCUUCAAGAAACUCUGGUCCCUUCAUGAACAUAUCAAGAUUGUCCAUGGAUAUGCAGAAAAAAAAUUUGCCUGUGAGAUUUGUGAGAAGAAGUUCUAUACCAUGGCUCAUGUGCGGAAACACAUGGUCGCACACACAAAAGACAUGCCGUUUACAUGUGAAACCUGUGGAAAGUCUUUCAAGCGCAGUAUGUCACUCAAGGUGCACUCCUUGCAGCAUUCUGGAGAGAAACCCUUCCGAUGUGAGAACUGCGACGAGAGGUUCCAGUACAAGUACCAGCUCCGCUCGCACAUGAGCAUCCACAUUGGGCACAAGCAGUUCAUGUGCCAGUGGUGCGGCAAGGACUUCAACAUGAAGCAGUACUUUGACGAACACAUGAAGACACACACUGGAGAGAAACCUUUUAUCUGUGAAAUCUGUGGCAAAAGCUUCACCAGUCGCCCCAACAUGAAGAGGCACCGCAGAACUCACACAGGCGAGAAGCCUUACCCCUGUGACGUGUGUGGUCAGCGGUUCCGUUUCUCCAACAUGCUGAAGGCUCACAAGGAGAAGUGCUUCCGAGUGACCAGCCCAGUGAACGUACCGCCAGCUGUCCAGAUCCCUCUGUCCACGGCGCCAGCUGCUCCUGCUCCAGCUGUGGCCAACACUCCUACGAGCCCAGCCCCUGCCGUCAGUAUGAACCCCGUGGGUGGCGCGCUUCCCUCAAGGCCGGUCCCACAUCCUUUCUCGCACCUGCACAUCCACACGCAUCCACACCACGCACAUCACCUCCCCAUCCCACCUGUGCCUCACCUGCCCCCACCUCCGGCCCUCUUCAAGAGUGAGCCCCUAAACCACAGAGGCCAGAGUGAGGACACCUUUCUGAGACAUCUGACAGAGAAGAACAGCGUGCCCCAGGCCCAGCAUCAUUAGCGCCAGCCAGAGUGUCAUCCCCAUGGUGAGUUGGCAGAAGGGGUGCAGCUGUGCCUCUCUGGGGUCUCCUUGUCUCCAUGGCCCCUUCCGGACUUUGACCAUUGUCCUGGGGAGCGAUCAGACUGACCCAAAGGAGGGAACAAGAAGACUGCCCUCGCAACCAGGGGAACCACUGAACUACAGCCCAAUCUGCUUGCAUUUUCUGAUGACUUUUAUAAAUUUCAGAUACUUAGAUUGUGGGAUUUUAUAAUUUCAUAUCAGCGGAUGAGGUAUGCUUGCUUUUAUAUCCUGGUCUUCUCCUCAAAGAGGGGACAGGCCUGGUUUCCUUUAUACUAAUCGGGAAGGCUGUGAGAUUAAUCCAGAGCAUUAACUGUAUCACUGUGUAAUAUAAUAAGUUCUUUUCAGCUUCUGGUACUGACUGCAGUCAAGCUGGCCACAAUUCACACAAUAUCAAGCAUUAUAGAGAAAAUGGGAAUUUUCUUCUUUGUGUAGCUCUUUUAACACACUCUUUAUUUUACUACAGAAAUUAUUUUAGAGUUUUUGUAUAGACUUUAGUAGUCUGUUUCUAAAAUGAAAUGUAUUUCAAUAAGCUGUGUAAUUUUUUCAGUGUAGCUAAACCCAUGUUGUAAAAUAGAUAAAUUUUUAUAAUCAUCAAAAUGUGAUUCUUAAAGAUGCAUAUAAUAACUUCUAUUUCAAAUUUAUUCUAACAUCCGUACAACACAAAGGUGCUUCUGGGGCUGGGUGAGGGUCACCAGACCAGGUUACUGCAAGAGCAAGGUUCAUAAGUACUCAGGAACUUGACCAUCUUUGCUGGGCAUUCCGUCCAUCAGCUCCCUGACAUGCUCCAUCCUUGGUGUCCCUUUGAGCCCCUCUGUGGAUUCAGUGGGGUGGUGAGUUGGAGUAGGAUCACCAAAAGCUUGUCUGAUUUGAAAAUCUGAGUAACAUUGUGAAUACCUUCAGAACGAAGUGGCGAGGUUUCCCUUCGAUCACGUCUGUUUCUCACUUCUCUUAGGAACUUUGUCAAUUUUGAGGUUGCUAUGUUUCCCAGAACCACUAGGAGAAGCUAAAUGGUGAACUGAAAUCAUAAGUGUGAUUGCUGAUAGAGGCUGAGAAAUGCGAAUGAGAAGACAAUUGGCUUCUAAGUUUUAAAAUGUCUGUAGUGUCUAAAAUGGGGGUGUCACUCUGAUCUGCAUAUGCCAUUUAAAUUGUAGUGAGAGGAAACCCCAGGUACUGCUGCCUCGUCCUCCACAGUUAGGCGAGGAAGGAGCAACACCCCUGCCUCUGGGCAACUUCCACAGGGCAUGAUCACCCUGGAGCGGAUUAUAUAGGAAACUGAAGAGAAGGGCCGACACAGUGGUUUCAGUCAGCUGGCAAAUGUGGACCACGAAACUACACGUUUUCUACUUCUUCACCUUAGAGACUGAGUUCCAAGAGUGGCCACCUCCACUUCUCUUCCUCACUUCUCUUUCCUCAGGCUCGUAAAUCAGAACUUUAGCUGUUAUUUAUUUAUCUUUGAUAUGAAAUGUGCAGAUAUGCGUCACGCACUUUUUUUUCUGGCCACGUAACUCUGGAGGGGGACACGUGGACCCUGGAUUGAAGUUAGGUUCCUGCUUCCACAUAUCAUACUCUGCAUUAGCUUUUGGUUUAAUAUUUCUAGAUUUACUACAGUUUUACCUUUGUCUUCUGUAAUGCAUAGGAAAGAUUGUGUGCUGAGACAGGAAAGUAUCUCGGGACACACUUUUCCUCCAAUUCUAGGCAUAAAUUUUAACGAAUGGUAGUUUUAAUAUUUGCAUACAUUCUUGGAGCCCCCAUAUACCCAAGCCAAAUAGGAAGCCAGUUCCUUCUCUGAUCACUUCCACAGUCUCCUUUGUAUCCCAUGGAAAGUCUGCAGAUCUACACUUUCAUGUAGACAUAUCAAUAUUUCAUGGUCAAGCCUAUAAUAUUAAAAUACUUUUAUCAAAAAAGUAUGUUAUAGCUUAGUUAAUUGGUUUUAUCUUAUUUUGUGCUAAAUACAGUAUUGGACAGAGAUUCUAAAUUCUAGACUUAAGGCUGUUGAAUCAACCAUUUUAUGGAUGUACUAUGAAUACUCAUUGAAAAAUUCAGGUAGUCAGAUCUGAUUUUUUUUUUAUUCAAAUGACUAUAGCCAUAAGAAAGUGUCUGCUACAUAGGAAAUCCAGUAGUAACUCAAUAACCACCACUAUCCUUAACAAAAGCAGAAAGUAAGGAAUUAAGAAAGUGAAUUAGCACUGUCACACUGUGUAAUACAUUCUUACUGAAAUGUAUUGUAGAACAUUCUAGAAAUGCCAAUUUUUUUCCUGGAUAAGUAUAUCUUCCCUGACUUGGGAUUUGUAAGAAACCUGUUCUUUAAAAAAUGGGUCUCAUCAGUGUCAUGUUUGAAUAAUGAACAUAUGCAUAGUGAAAUUCACACCGAGAUGCUUCUGAGCCCAGGGCCACAGGGUUGAGCCUGAAACAUGCAGGUGCAUUGGGUUUAACGUGCUGAAGACUCAAACUCAGGGUUGAAAAUAUGCUUGAGGUCCGCCACUAAGAUGGAAGUUGCGUCAUGUGUGUGCUCUCCAUGUGCGCUGUGGUACCCACGGUUCUGCAGAACCUGUUCAGUUCUUGUCAUCUGUUCAUGGAAAAAGAUCAUGGAGGAGUUUGAGUUCUAAGCCCAUAUCUGUACUUUUGUAAAGACAUAGACCUCAUUUCAAAAUAACAGAUAUUAAAUUGAGGCUUUCUUGUUGCCAUUUUAUGCUAUCUUCAAAAUCACGUAUUGUCACAAGGAUUACUUUAUCUUCAAAUGGUUUUUAUUGUUACCAAUUUACUUAUAUGUAGACCAGGCUAGCCUCAAACUCACCGCUUGAGGACUGGGUCUAAAGGAGUGAACUACAACAGCCAGCACCCAGGAACUUGUUGUUGUUGUUGUUGUUGUUUUGAGAAAUGGUCUCACAAAGCUGGCCUUGAACUCCCUAUGUGAAUUACAUAGCCUCAAACCAAUGACUCCCCCAGCUCAGCUGCCCAAGUGCUGGGAUUAUGGGUGCCUUCGUCACCCUGCCUGGCUUCCACGAGGGCGUUUUUGAGUUGGCAUUACAUUUUUAGAGGUUGGGUUGUACAUCUUUUUUUCUUUUCUUAUAGACUUAUCAUUUGGAUAUACACUUUUUUAGCCUAAUGAAAGGCUGCUACUCUCAGAUUGAGUUAGGUAGGCUCAUAAUGGUUAGACUUUAAAACUGAAUGAAGAGAAGAUGAACCAUUUAAUGGCAUGUAGCUUCAUUUUUCUGUAUAUUUUUUACUUAAUUCUUAUAUUUAGCAAGUGCAGAAGUCUCCGUAUAAAACUUUAAUAAAAUUCAGAAAAACCCUUUGAAAAUCAUUUCCAUGUACUGUCUUAGUCCUUCAGCACGGGCCCUUCCAGAGUUGCCUGUCUAAGAGCCUUGGCUUCUGAGCGUGACCCCCCCACACACACACUGCCAAGCAGAUGCAAACUCUCUGAAGCUUUGAAUUUUUAACUUCUUGAUUUUUUUUUCAGUUUUUACUGUUGUUAAAUAGAUAUGUAUUUAGUUUCAUUUUUAUCUCACUGGAAGAUUUAAAAUUUGAGAAUAUGAAGUAGAGAACUCCAUUGCAGGGUGUGUGUGUGUGGAUUUAUUCCUCUCUUGCAGAUUUUGGUUAGGAAAACACACUAUGGUGGGUGAGUUUUUAUGAGAAAGAGAGAAAACCUAAAACGCCUGUCAGAAGAACCCAUUUCUGUUAAAGCUCCUGUUUACGCUGCCGUACAGAAAUACCACUUUUGUUGCUUUGAUGGUCCACAUGAUAGAGAUUUUAAUGCUGUUCCAGACUAUAUGUGGAACACAUCAUGAAAAGAGGUGUGUUAGAUCUAACCAUUUUAUCAACUUAAAAAAAAAAAAACAGUUGGAAUUCUUCAAACUCUAAAGUGGAGUAAAGAAUUACCAGUUUUUAAGUUUUUUUUCUUUACUUAAACUAAGUUAGAAAAUUUCCCAAGAAUUCUCUCUCCAUCUUUUUCUUUCUUUUUCAGGAAUAAAAGGUCAUUGGCCGUUAGAAAUAAUGGCAUCGUUACGCAGUAGCAACUCACUAGCUAAUCUGCUUGUCAUCCGUAGCAUUCAUGAGAAGUAACGCUGACCUUCCAACCCUGGAACUACCUCGAUAAAGCAACCCAGAGAUCCUCGCUACACUCUAUGGAAGCCAUAAACGUUGUCAGUCUGGCCACCUUCACAGUUCUAUACUUUUGUACUCAUUAAGCUUUUUUAUAGACUUACAUUCAGACCUUUUCAUCUUAGAGGAUAGCUUUUGCAAGACUCCAAGGAAAAUAAAAUUCCUUAAAUUCUCAGCCUUGAAACUCUAGUUUCAGUAAAUUUGUUUAAGAAUCAGAUGCCAUACUAUUUUUAAAAAUCAUGUUAAAAUCAGAAGUGCUUUGCAGACCUACAUAUUCUGCAAACAAGUUCCUUUUUCUUGUUUCCUUGCUAGAGGCUGUGAUGAAGUGGUCUUUCCACUCUGCUCACUCAGUGACAUUUUCCUGGAGUUGUCUCUCUUACUGUAGCACAGGAGUGAGUAAUUGCUGUCCGUCUGACCCUCUGCUGUCUAUCACUCUGCUCUCGAGUGCCUUCGACAAGCCCGUGUCCUGGAGCCUUCUUUCCCUGGUCUGGAUCCUACCUCUGAUUGUUUCAUUCUCCAUGAGUAUUGGAAUUCACCCUUAUUCCAAAGGGCUUAGCUACAAACUCACUAGAACCUGGCUGAGGAUUGGGAACACAUCAGUGUUUUGUUCCUCCAUAUUGCUGCUGGGUUACCCUUGUAGCUUCUCUGCUUGUCUUACUCCCCACAUACGACACCUCUAGUACUAGAACUGUUCUUGUCUUUGCCACCUUUCUGUCCUUCACUGCAGGCUGGGUGUUCCUCUACAAUCGAAGGUCAUCCAGUGUGUCUCUGGGCCAUCUUUUUCUCGUCUGAAGUCUUCCUGAAUGCUGCUAUUGCUGCACAUCCUUUCUUUCAUAAAUGUUUUACAGGGUUCCUCCCGUGAUCUUAUUUUAGUCAUAGGAAUUUAAAAGUGCUCUCGGGUUAACAGAAGUCCUUUAUUGAUUUUUUUGAUCAGCCCCUCUCAUCCAGCCACCUGUCCCCCGUGCAAACCCCAGUUUAUUUUCUUUUCUAGUUGUCCUCUUACAGGUCAUUUCAAAAGUGUACUUGGUGUAUACAUAUAUGAAAGAUGUAAUAAAAAGGAAACCGAAGUGUGUUCUGUGUGUAGUAUGUGCACUUCAUUGAUAAGAAUUCCUUUAGCAACUGGCUGGUCUUGCUCAUCUCAGAUUAAAGUUUGUGCUGUGUAAUGGGUUCAUUGUCUCCUCCUAAAGUGGAAACAGAUGAGCUCCUUCAGAGAGGAAAUUGGAAUUAUUUUUUUGUAGGUGAGUGAACACUAAUGAGCAUUUGACCUUAGUCUUUGCUUUCUGACUUACAAGCUCUUGCCUCGAUCCUUAAAGUUACUGUUACUGAGGCAUCCAGGACUGAUAGCUGCAUGAGGCAGGCAUCUCAAAGGGCAGCUGUUGAUAAAUUUGUAAUACUUUUUGUCUGGGAACAGACAGGAUGUUAAUUGGUGGGGUAGUACCAAAUUGUGAGAACCAGUUCAAUAAUAUAGAGUCAAGACGUUUGAAUGUUUCACUGGCUAUUUAGAAUGAGAGCAGUAUGCAAAUUGUCAGAUGUAGAUUCUGUACUGUAGAAGUCAUUAGCUAGCUUCAGCUUGCUGUUUUCCAUCCGUGGUCUAGACAGUCACUUCUGGAGCACUGGAUGCCUAAAAGUACCUGCUUUUAAACCAGUCAGUUUUCUCUCCAGAGUUCCAGGCCUUCGGGUAGUGGAGAGCCAUACUUACCUAUCACUGGGGGGCACUACAUCCCUUGGAAAGGAUGGCCACUUGUUUGUGUGUUAUUAGGAUGCCUUUGGUCAGGUAUCAGAGGGAUCUUGCCCCCUCCGAAGUGUUCCGUUGCUUAACUCCAGGUUACCGUUGUCCUAUUUGAGCAUCUGGUGAGAUCGGGAAUGUGACAAAUUACUUGAAAAUGAUUUUCAUAGGAAAUGGAGAUACUCAAAAGGAUCUGGAAGCUGGGUUUUGCUUAAGGUCAAAAGGAAAUCUGAUGCUUGUGCUGGCUGGUUUCAGUGGAGUCAAGAGCCUGCCUGUCCGGGUCUGAGAAGGAAGCAGCUUGUUUCUGCAUCCCUGGCUCCUCUAAAUGAACACAGCCUCUCCAGUCUGCCUUGUAGGUGAGCGGGGCCGUGUAGCCAGAAGCAGGGUCUCGUUCACCCUGCAUAGGACCUGAGACUGCUUGGCAGCAUUGGAAAGUAUCUUCCCAUGUAUGAUUCUAAGUUGAAAAGAAAGAAACAGUGUGGUGUAAUAAGUGUUUACUUCUCAAGUUCUAUCGCCAGAUGCUCCAGAAAAUCAAGUCAAUUAUCUUCCACAAAUUUGAAUAUAAUUUUUUUCAUUCCUUGAGCUAAUUCUAUUCCAUCUGCAGUACUUGUUUUGACCAUAAGGGAGCGCUAAAGUACUUUCUUCUCAGCUUUUAAUGCCCUUCUAGGGUAUCCCUUGGCUCACUGAUUGAAUUUGAAGAAAACAUUUUCACAUAUCUCUAAGUUCAGUAGUUGCUCCGGCCUCAUGAUGUUAGCAGAGAUUCCUGGGUCUGAGAUCUGUGUGGGCCAGGCAGCAUAAUCAUCCAGCCUUUGUUAACACUGGUGACAUGAGAUUGGAAGCGAGGCCCUUGUCACGAAGGAUCCAGUGUUUACUAACUAAAUGCAGAGCUGAAAGGCACGCCUCUUCCCUAUUUCCUCCUCUGCGUCCCAUUGCAGCCCAGCACCAUCCCAUCUGUGACAGCAGUGGGACUGCUGGAGUGUGUGUAAGGGCACGUGCUCUCACUUGGUCUGCUCCAAUAGGUAUCGGUUAUACCAGGUCUUCCAGUUGAGUGGGGAGGCCUCCCACAGCAUGCACCCCUUCAAGCCAGAAUUUCCUUGUCUUUGGGCUCCUGGCCCUCAUCAGCUCUCUGGAAAUUUUGAUUGUGCUCAUUGAGCAUCUUCAGAUGAAAAGUUGGGUAUUCACUAGGGGAAACACCAGCCUGUGAACAUUUACCCUGUAAGAUCAGAAAGUGUUUACCCGUGGAAGGGCAUCCCUUAUUGAUUUCUUUCUUGCUGAUCCCUUUUCCCCAGCAAGACCCAAGAACCUGAUCAAUGCCGGACGCAUAGAGUUGGGGACUCCUUGUAACUCCAGCACUAGGCAGAAGUGGAAUGGAAGCUGUGACCAGGGUAGGUAGCAGGUGGCUGUCCCCAUAAUGCUGAGGUCACUUGUGCUUUCUCUUUUCUUAAAGGAAACCCAGUUUGCUUGCCGGGAAUCUUUAGUCUUAGGUUUACAAAGCUUGCUGUUGAAUGUUUGUCCAAAUGAGUGAGAGAAGAGAGAAGCUCCUUGCUUCUGGUCCAGCCUGCAAAGUCAAAAGAUUGACUGUAUAGACUGAGGCAGUGUCUCCCUGUGUCUCUGUAGAGGCGCAGUUGAAGGUCAAGUCAAGGUGGAACUUAGUGAAGGAAGGUACCUGUCAUGCUGUAAAGAAGCUUAAAGGACCUUGGGGGGUUGGCAGGUGGGUAGGACAGGAUCUCUUGAGACGGGAAGCAUGGCAGAAGAGGCGGGCUGCUUGGCCCAGGGAGCUGUGUGAUGGAUGGAGUUAGGCGGCCUCUGAGCUGGCCCACAAUGCCUGGCGUCCGAGUCAUCCUUUUUCCUAGCGUCCUGUCCAGCCCCCGCGGUGAUAAGUUUCUUCCUGUGUUAAGUAUACCAAUAUUUUUUUAGCAAUGAAAUGCACUUUUUUAUUUCAACUCAAUCAUGAUUUUAAGUAUAAAAAAUUUAUAGAUUGUUAAAACUACUUUUUUGUGUAUUUUUAACCACUCAAUGUAGUAUUGUAUAUUUUAUUCUUAUUAAGACUCUGGUACAAGGUGUGCCAUAUAAUGAUUUUUUUCCCAACAUGCUGGGCCUUUGGAUGUGUACGGUAACCAACUUCAUGCUAAUGUUCAAAGUAAAAGAGAAGAAAAAGUAGCCAUA